AUGGCCUUCGCCAUGUUCUUGGUUGCUAUGUUCCUUCUCGUGAUGAACAAGCUUAGCGAAGCUUCCGCUGUACUGUCACAGAGAGCUGUGUAUGCUGAUAUGUUUGGCUUCAAACACACCUUAAACGGCUUCAACCACAACGAAGUCGCUGGAGUGAAGUCGCGCCUCAUGGGAAGACUUAUUCAGGUCCAAGGCGUUAGCAACCUUCCAAAGAUCUUUCCAUACUUGAACAAACGUCUGCAGCAAAGCCUUGAUGAACAAAUCGCGCUAGCCAAGAGACGACCAGAUGGUGUGACCCUCCCUGUAGCCUCUACCGUCCGUACUGUAACUUCUCGCGUCAUGGCGGUUUUGUUCUUUGGCGAGCAGACCUCUCGAGAUCCGGUCUUUGCUGAUGCACUGAUUCGCCACCCUAAAGAGAUGGUAAAGUGUAUGGCAGCCUUCCAAAUUAUGCCUGGUUUUCUAGCCCCGUAUGUUUCACCAACUUCCGGAUAUGAGUUUGUACAUAAUUUCAUCACCAAGCGGGGGCAAGCACAGGAAGUAAUCAUCAAAAAGCUGACAGAUAUAAUGGGCUCUGGCCGAGACAUGUGGGACGAGCCAUCGCCACUCAAAGAGCUCACGUUCGCAUGGAACCAUGCAUCUCUGUGCUUAGAUAGCGAAUACUGGAAUGGUCCCGAACACCAAGCUCAAAGCCUGCUGGGCAUGUGGUUCGCGGCUGCGCACCAACCAUGGAUGAACAUCGACUUCAUUAUGCUUCAUCUUUGCCGGCGUCCAGAUAUCCAAGAAGCGCUAAUAGAGGAGAUUGGCAGCCUAGAAGACCUCACGUACGACAGAUUGAUGGAGCUUCCAUUGCUGGAUAGUUUCAUCAAGGAGACCGUGCGCUUGCAUCCUUUGGACACACUGGCUGUCCGCAGAAAAGCCCUCAAGCAAUAUACAUUCGCCUCUGGUUCCCCACAAGUUGCCGCUGGUGCAACGGUCGCUGUGUCUUCGUACGACAUGAUGCACAACAGUACCGAUUACCCAUCCCCCAACGACUUUCAACUGCGAAGAUUCAUGGAGACGGGAUCUUCGGUGAAAGGGACGCGCUUCACGGAAGUCUCGGAGAAGUUUCCUAUCUGGGGUUAUGGAUCGCUUGCUUGCCCUGGGCGGUUCCAUGCUAGUCUUGUGAUGAAACUUGUCAUUGCGCAUAUCGUUAUGCGGUACAACAUGAAGCUUGAGGAUGACAAGGCGAGGACGCUGUGGAAGUGGGAGACAUUUACGAUGCCUUAUGAGUCCACUAGAUUUGUUCUUGAGGAGCGCUCAUCUCAAGAUAGUAGGAAGGACUUGGACUUGCUCUAA